UGGAAAAACGUCAACUAUAGCUUAUGCUCUCCCAACCUUCUAUUUAAAUUUGCUGAUACGAUGCAUGAAUCUUGGACAUGCUGGACGCCAUCGGGGAACUAGUGUAAUUCAAAAGGUUGAGCUAGGGAUUGUCUGAUACAGUGGCUAGAGGAUUGUCCGUCACCGAGACGUACUUGAAAAGAUUUCGGCAAACAGUAUGUAAGAUGAUGAGAUUACAGUGGACCAGUGAUCUGGACAUUGAUGUGUUAGAAGCCAAGGGUCACUGGGCUUCUCUCGACGAGCUACUGGAAGUUGUUUCUCGUUACCUUCCUCGAUACGAAGAAGUGCUCAAGAAAUGCAGGGACAAACCAGGUGACGUUUGCUCGGGGGACUUGACGUUUGCCACCAAAUUUCUAGCCCUCUACUUGUUCAUCAAAGUAAAGGGCUCUCGACCCAUGACGUACCAGUACCUCACUGUUGACAUGGUUCACACAGCGAAAUCAAACGAGGGAUUCAUUGAUGAAAAAAUAUUCAAAACGGCAGCGAGAUACGGGUUUGACUCACUCAUUUUAACCGACGCGAACAUGACCGUUUUGGAUGGAUAUAUCAAUCACAUUCGCCCUUUGCAGAAUCCAGCUUGCGACUACGUGAUCGUGAAUAGAAACGGAGAACAGCACAGCAAGCUCGGAGAGCUCACUAGCAAAUUGGUGUUUUAUGCCAUUGGAAAAUAGGUUUAUCCGACGCGCUACCGACAGAUUGUCGAAACGGCUAGCUGCAACCAGCUUAGCGCACGAGAACAAGACGCAGUUUCAGAGGAUCAAAAACACAGCUCGGUUGUAGCAAGAGUGCAUUAUCAAAAGCGAAGAUCUAGAGAGGUCGCGACCAAGGCCCGUCAAUGCUUGGACAUACUGCAUGGCGACAAGGGAACAAAACUGGAAGAAGACGUGAUGUCACGACUGUCCGAUAUCUCGUCGGCCUCCUCGCAAGUACAGUAUGCGCGCCACCUGUCCAGCGGUUCUACAGAAGAAGUCCAGCGGUUCUACAAAAGAGUGCAGAAGAAGCGUCGCCACAAAAACGUGACAAGUGCAAUGCGAAUACGAUGCCGAGACUAACACGCCACAGAGCUGUCAAAAUGCCUGCCAGUGAUCGUAGGUGCGAUAGAGAGAGCUCAUCAUCGAGCAAGAAAUCUGUGGUCUAGAUUUGGUUCAAUCCGUCAAUCCGUCAAUAAUUUACACGGGUUUAUCAAACCGCCAAUUCCUUUAUUGCCUACCAGUUGACUUGAUAAUCCUUUCUAAUUAUUCACGGAUCCAAGGAUGCAGUCCUUUUAGUUGACGUGAUAAUCUUGAUAAUCCAGUUGACUUGAUCAUUUUUUCUAAUUAUUCGCGGAUCCACGGAGCCAUGGAAGCAGUACUUCAGUACAGCAGUACAUCACCGAUUAAGUUUAUUCCAAGUGCCGCUUUUGCUUUAAUGCGCAUGACUGUAUAACAAAACAUUACUAUUCCUUGUACGGAUUAGGUCAGAAUUGUGAUUGUUCUGAACUGACCCAAAAAUAUUUUCACAUGCAUUAGGCUUUCAAGUCCUUCAAGCAAAAUAAACAGACUUUUCGAGAAA